AGCCCGCCUCCCACAAAGACUGCGGGCGCACGCGGCCGGGCCGAGCACUGGCUACCGGGUGCUCACCGCGCGCGUGCUGGCCUGGAUCCGGUGCUGACUCGAGGAUCCGAAGCCCGCCUCAGGUCACAAAGGAAAAUGAAGUACAUUCUGGUUACUGGUGGAGUUAUAUCAGGAAUUGGAAAAGGAGUUAUUGCCAGCAGUGUGGGCACAAUACUGAAAUCAUGUGGCUUACAUGUAACUUCCAUAAAAAUUGACCCCUACAUUAACAUUGAUGCAGGAACUUUUUCUCCUUAUGAACACGGUGAAGUUUUUGUGCUGGAUGAUGGUGGUGAAGUUGACCUUGAUCUGGGGAACUAUGAGCGAUUCCUUGAUAUCCGCCUCACCAAGGACAAUAAUCUGACCACGGGGAAGAUAUAUCAGUAUGUCAUUAACAAGGAACGAAAAGGAGAUUACUUGGGGAAAACUGUCCAAGUUGUCCCUCACAUCACAGAUGCGAUCCAAGAAUGGGUGAUGAGGCAGGCACUAAUACCUGUGGAUGAAGAUGGUCUAGAGCCUCAAGUCUGUGUUAUUGAGCUUGGUGGGACAGUGGGAGACAUUGAGAGCAUGCCCUUUAUCGAGGCCUUCCGCCAGUUUCAGUUCAAGGUCAAGAGGGAGAACUUUUGCAAUAUCCACGUCAGUCUAGUUCCUCAGCCAAGUUCAACUGGGGAACAGAAGACAAAACCCACCCAGAACAGUGUUCGGGAACUUCGAGGGCUUGGACUUUCCCCAGACCUGGUCGUGUGCAGGUGCUCAAAUCCUCUUGACACAUCUGUGAAAGAGAAAAUAUCCAUGUUCUGCCAUGUGGAACCUGAACAAGUGAUCUGCGUCCAUGAUGUCUCAUCCAUAUACCGGGUCCCCUUGUUGUUAGAAGAGCAAGGGGUUGUGGACUAUUUCCUUCGGAGGCUGGAUCUUCCUAUUGAGAGGCAGCCACGGAAGAUGCUGAUGAAGUGGAAAGAGAUGGCAGACAGGUAUGAUCGCUUGCUGGAAACCUGCUCGAUUGCCCUUGUGGGCAAAUACACCAAGUUCUCGGACUCCUAUGCCUCUGUCAUUAAAGCUCUGGAGCAUUCUGCAUUGGCUAUCAACCACAAGUUGGAAAUCAAGUACAUUGACUCCACAGACCUGGAACCCAGCACUCUGCAGGAGGAGCCGGUACGCUACCACGAAGCAUGGCAGAAGCUCUGCAGUGCUCAUGGAAUACUGGUUCCGGGAGGAUUUGGUGUUCGAGGGACAGAAGGAAAAAUCCAAGCAAUUGCCUGGGCUCGGAAACAGAAAAAGCCUUUUUUGGGUGUGUGCUUAGGAAUGCAGUUGGCUGUGGUUGAAUUUUCAAGAAAUGUGCUGGGAUGGCAAGAUGCCAAUUCUACAGAGUUUGACCCUAAGACCAGUCAUCCUGUGGUCAUAGACAUGCCAGAACACAACCCAGGGCAGAUGGGCGGAACCAUGAGGCUGGGCAAGAGGAGAACCCUGUUCCAGACCAAGAACUCAGUCAUGAGAAAACUUUAUGGAGAUGUGGACUACUUGGAAGAGAGACACCGACACCGAUUCGAGGUGAAUCCAGUCUUGAAAAAGUGCUUGGAGGAGCAAGGCUUAAAGUUUGUUGGCCAAGAUGUUGAAGGCGAGAGGAUGGAGAUUGUGGAGCUGGAAGAUCAUCCUUUCUUUGUUGGAGUUCAGUACCACCCUGAGUUCCUGUCCAGGCCCAUCAAGCCCUCCCCACCCUACUUUGGCCUUCUCCUGGCCUCUGUGGGGCGUCUCCCACAUUACCUCCAGAAAGGCUGCAGGCUUUCUCCCAGGGACACCUACAGUGACAGAAGUGGGAGCAGCUCCCCCGACUCGGAAAUCACAGAGCUCAAGUUUCCAUCGAUAAAUCAUGAUUGAUCUGGAAUGAUUCUUCAAGAGACUCUGACUUUGAUAGAGUUUACAGCUAUGAUUUUACACUCAGCUUUUGACACUUCCUUUAAAUUAUGUUUCUUAUUAAGAUUAUUUUAUUAUGGGGAAAGGUAUUUGGAAACUUUGUCACUUGCAUGUCCCAUCACUUACUGGCUACUUCAUGAUGUACUUGCCUGUCAUGUAGCACAUUUCUGCACAAUCUGUGAGUUUCCUAAGACAAGCUGGAUGUUUGGAUGGGAACUGAUAAUGGGUGGGCUGGUAGAAGCCCAUGGACCACCUUGCUUCUCCAACUACCUCGUGUCACUGUGGAUUUGAGUGCCACGUGGACUCACCGAACACUUGAUCAUUUUAGCCAGUAUGUCUCACACUUUGGUGCCAGUAACUAUGGUCAUUGCCUCUCAGAGCAGUGAGACCAGAGCUACUGCUCCUCACCCAAAGGGACAUUCAGUUCAGUGUCACAUGAAACAGCAAGAUAUCUGUAUCUCUCAAGUGGGAUGUAAAGACCCUAAGCCUUUGUGCUUUCUAUUCUUGGGGCUGGGAACACUCCUUGCAUCAAGGGGUCACUUAAAAAGCCAGAAUCUUUUUGGGAAAAAUUGCCUAUAAAGCCCUCUCAUGUUGACAGCUUUGACUCGAGGGUACUUUUUCUUCCAGAACGGUGUUAACUUCAGUUGAAAUGCAAUAUGAAAAGUUAUUUUCUUAGCGUGAUGUUAACAGUGGGAUGGCCAAGUGCCUAUUCUAUUCUGACUGGUCUCAAUGUUAUACUCCUAACUUAAAUAAAUAAUUCAGAAUCAAAGGCA